AUGAAAGUUAUUAUUGAUCGAAUUCGAUCGACAUUACCAGCUGUUAAUGAUGAUAUUCUUGGUUAUAUCAAAGAUAUUCUAGAAACAAAUAAAUCUGAUUAUAUUGAUUUUCAAGAAGUUGAAGAUGCUUUGAGACCUAUUCUCGAAGAAGUUGCUCAUAAUAAAAAAGAACAAGAAGCAAUUACGGAUCUUUGUCAAUUUGUUGUUGAUCAAUUACGACUAGAAACAUUACCUAAUGGACAUAAUUCAACGAAUGAACCAAAAAAAUUAUUAGCACCAGUUUCAAUUGGACAUUAUUCUGGUACAACAUAUGAUGAAAUUUCAUCAGCUUUAUUCAAUAUGUCUGAUAGAACAAAUAUUAAACCAUUAAAUGAAUCAACAACUGUAUCACAGAAAAAACUUGAAAAAGUUGAAGCAAAACUUCGAGAAAAACAAGAAAAACGCGCUCGUGAUGUAGUAACAAAUGGAGAGAAUAAAGUACAACCAAAACUUGAAGAUGCUGUUGUUAGUCAAGCUACUAAUAAACGAUUACUUGCAGACAAUGAAAAUACUGAUUCAACAAGUAAAUCAUUCGAUAUUCAUAUUGAUAAUUUCGAUGUAUCUUAUGGAAAUAAAAUGUUAAUUCUUGGUGGUACUCUCGAUCUUAUCUACGGCCGUCGAUAUGGUUUUGUUGGACGAAAUGGAUUGGGUAAAUCAACAUUACUACGUGUAAUGGCGAAUCGAAAUCUUGUACUUCCAGCUCAUAUCCGGAUAUUACAUGUUGAACAAGAAAUUGAAGGUACUGAUACAAUAGCAUUACAAAGUGUUCUUGAAUGUGAUGAACGACGAAAUGCAUUAUUAACCGAAGAAAAAGAAAUAAAUAAACGAUUACAUUUAAGUAAUGGAUCAUCGGCAGCGCAAGAUAAUUUUAUAUCAAAACGUUUAACAGCAAUCUAUGCUGAAUUAGAAAGUAUUGAAGCAGAUAAAGCAGAAUCAAGAGCAGCAGUAAUAUUAUGUGGUCUUGGUUUUAGUCCACAAAUGCAAGGAAUGGCUACAAAACAAUUUUCUGGUGGUUGGAGAAUGCGUCUUGCUUUAGCACGAGCACUUUUUUCAAAACCAGAUCUUCUAUUACUCGAUGAACCGACAAACAUGUUAGAUUUAAAAGCCAUUAUUUGGUUAGAAAAUUAUUUACAAACAUGGAAAAGUACGAUAUUAGUUGUUUCUCACGAUCGAACAUUUCUCAAUACUGUUGCAACUGAUAUUUUACAUUUAAAUGCACAAAAAGUUGAUUCAUAUCGAGGAAAUUAUGAUACAUUUGUGUCUGCUCGAUCAGAACGUCUUAAAAAUCAACAACGUGAAUAUGAAGCACAAAAAGAAUAUCGAGAUCAUAUUCAGGUAUUUAUUGAUCGUUUUCGUUAUAACGCUAAUCGUGCUGCACAAGUACAAAGUAAACUUAAAUUAAUAGAAAAACUACCAAUUCUUCGACCUGUUGAUAAAGAACUUGAAGUUCACUUUAAAUUUCCUGAUCCUGAACCAUUACAUGGAACAAUAUUGCAAUUAGAUGAAGUUGCAUUUGCUUAUUCAAAAAAUAGUCCAUUGCUAUUAAAUAAUAUCAAUUUAUCAGCUAAUCUUUCAUCACGUAUUUGUAUUAUGGGUGAAAAUGGAUCAGGCAAAACAACUUUAUUGAAAUUAUUAGUUGAAGAAUUAGAACCACUAAAAGGUCAACGACAUGGUCAUAGAAAUUUAGCACUUGGUUAUUUUACACAACAUUUUGUUGAUCAAUUACCAAUGAAUGUUAAUUGUGUUGAAGUAUUACAAGCGAGAUUUCCAGGUAAACCUAUUGAACAGUAUCGAACUGAACUUGGUCGUUUUGGUAUUACCGGUGAUACAGCACUACAAUCAGUAAUGAGUUUAUCCGGAGGACAAAAAUGUCGUGUUGCAUUUAGUUUAAUGUGUAUGAAAAAUCCACAUAUUCUUAUACUUGAUGAACCGACAAAUCAUCUUGAUAUGGAAACUAUUGAAGCAUUAGCUGAUGCAAUAAAGAAAUUUCAAGGCGGUGUUGUACUUGUAUCUCACGAUGAAUUACUUAUUAAACGUGUUUGUACGGAAGCUUGGCUAUGUCGUAAUGGUAGUGUUACUGCACUUGAAUAUGGUUUUGAACAGUAUAAGAAAUUAAUCGAAAGUGAAUUACAGUAUUAA